AUGUCUGGGGCAAACUGUCAAACCUUAGCCACGUCGAAACGAGCGAGACUGGAAGGCAGGGAGUUUCAUCUUCCGGACUCGAUAUUAACGGGAAUUCUGUCGAGAUUACCAUUGGCGAGCAUCGCCAGAUUGAAAUCUGUUUGCAGAGAAUGGAAAUCAUUGAUCGAGUCCCGCUUCUUUAGACAACUGUACCAGUCCCUAAACCGAGGGAACUCAUCCUCGAUCUCGUGGUCUCUCGUUCGAACAACAUUCCGUGAGGAGGCGCUCCAAGUGGUGAGCUUCCACGGAUGCGAGAGAUGGGCACUCGCCAAAUCUCUGGGUUCUUAUCUGUCGUCUUUCGAAAGAGACCUGAAGCAGAAAAGCGGGAUGAAGAUCACAGCGAUGGAGGUUGCAGCCACGGUCGAUGGGUUGGUUCUGCUCUACGUCGUAACUCGGGAUGGAGAGAAAAAAUACUUUCUGGGCAAUCCGGUGCUGGGACAGUGGUUUCAUCUCCCUCUCCCGCCAUGGUUGUCUCUUGGUCGUCUCAGGGAGUUGCAAAGCCGCAGCCUUAUCACGGACACGGGACUGGUCACGGACAUGGACAAGAACAGUGGCUGUCUCCUAGGGUACAAGGUUGUCUGGGUGGUGAUCCCCCAGAUCACAUCUUCAAGGCUUAGUUUCUGGAUAUAUUCUUCCGAGACGGGCUUGUGGAGCCAGGAGGAAGCCCGUUGCCCGGUAGAUGUUUCCUGGUACAGGCUACACCACCCGGUCCAUUCGAACGGGCAUCUCCACUGGCUCGACGACGGUCUGUAUGCUGACAACUUCGUGGCUAGAGGGUUCUUCGCCUCGACAACCACCACCCGCGAAGAUCUUUGCCACGUCAUACCUUUCCCGGACACGCUGGGAGGUGACUUCAGGCCGCGUUUCCGCAGAACCUUGACGACAUCCGGUGGAUCCCUCGUCUACAUCAACGAGGACGCGGGCCGAGAGCUGAGGGUUUGGAGGCUGAACGACGACUGGAGCGUCAACCUCGGACACCACGUCGAUCUCGGUCUGGAUUACUUCCCGGUCGCCAUGCAUCCACUGAAGGAUGACGUCAUCUACCUGUGGAGCGUGGAGAAGGAGUUUCUGGUCUCCUAUAACUUGGGGACCCACCGGUUCACGACUCGCAGAGAGACGGAAUCCGGUUCCGUCGAUCAUAACUGCAACUGCAUCGUUAGAUUCAACUACUGUCCGAAGCAUAUGAAGUACAUCUAUCAACGCUACGCCAUGUUUGAUGGAUCCUUCACUAUUCACCGGAUUCAUUUUCACCAGUUUGUGCUCCCUCCCUGGUUCGAUCCCAUCCCUCUCCCUCCUGGUCUCCACUUUCUACGUUUUUGA